AUGUCGAGCGUCGUCGGUGAGUCUUCAGAAGCAAAGACCCAACUUGAGUCUCAGCAGGCCGCAGCAAAUGAGGCCGUGACGGCGGCUGGAGGCGGUGGAGUUUAUGACAUACUGCGCCGAGAAAACGGGGAGGAUUUGUUGAAGAGAAGCUUAUUGGGUUUGAGGACAAUGGCUCUGCUGUUCUCCUGCAUUGGUCUCAUGUUGAUAAUCGUCAUGGCGGCCAGCAAUAGUGAAGGCGAUGGGUCUGGUUUCAAUGAAUUCGAAGAAUACAGGUAUAUACUAGCUGUGACGAUUAUAUCCACAAUGUACACAAUAGGUCAAGUGUAUCGUCAAGUUCAGGAACUUUGUAACGGGAAAGACCUUCUUCAGCCAAAAACGAUGUCGUUGAUUGACUUUCUUGGAGAUGAGAUAAUGGCAUAUCUACUGUUAUCAGCAGCAUCUUCAGGGAUGCCACGGACAAAGGGAUUGAGGAAGUAUGGAGGAUACGAUGAUAAUGUCAAUAUGUUUUUCGACUCUUCAGCUGCAGCCAUUAGCAUAUCCAUUGAUUUCAACAUGACAUCAGAGCAUCAGGUCGUGAAGUGGGCCAGAAGAAAUGUUGCCUGUGAUACUUGCAUGAAAUUACCUGUAUCAAGGGCCAAGAUUGAUAUUCAAGAUAUGGUUCAAAGGAGACAAAUUCCUGGACCCAUCAAUUAA